AUGGGCCUCUCCGUUCCCAGAAGAGAAGCAAAAACUGGGUCGUCGAGGAGAAUCAAUAAAAGAAAAUCUUCGUAUUAUCGCGCGUGCAGACUCCUUCUGUGCGUCUCGCUUUUCGUCUUUAUCGUCAAAGAGUUUCUCAUCAACGACGAUGAUGAAAAUGGAGUAUUCGCGUUGGGUGUGCGAUUGUUUGGAAGUUUUGCGUCGUCGUCGUCGUCGAAGUGGGGGAGAGAAGCGACUACGACUCGAGAGGAGGAUACAACGAUGCGCGUUUCAGCAGACAUCUCCUCUUCCUCCUCUUCCUCGUCGUCGCAUGAGAAGGAGGAAGAGGAAGAGUUGAACAACAACAACAACAACAACGUAGACGAAGAAGGAGAAGAAGCGACCACCGCCGGCGUCGUGGGAACGGCACGAAAAGGACGAAGAAGAAGCCGUUCGCGAUCAUCUUCUAAAGGAAGUAGUAGUUCUAGUAGUAAUAGUUUUGGUGGUGGUAGCGCGAACGACGAGGAAGGGGACGAUACCGGCGGCGAGGACGAGAGCGCCGACUCGAGCGCCGGUGGCAAUACGUUCCUCCCGACCGCAGACCAUCGCGUUGGCGCGGCAGCCAAAGAAGCCAUGAACUUGAAGAAACUGAAAGAGUCGUUCGAUAUCGUUCUCCCACAGUUGUGGAUACCGAAAACGCCGGAAUGGAAGAAAGCAAACGUGAAGAGAAUUUUAGUGACAAAGGCGCAAAAUGGUAACAAGUACCAUCCGAGCGGCAAGAACAAUCCAGAAGUGUUACCGGCGGAAGAUUUACGCGAAAAACAGUUCAAAUCCUGCGCGGUCGUGGGAAACGGUGGCAGCAACUUAAACGCCAAUUACGGUGAGGCCAUCGACGCGCGCGACGCCGUUUUCCGUUUCAACGACGGUCCAACCGUCGGUUUCGAAAACAAAGUCGGCUCGAAAACCACCUUCAGAGUUAUCAACAACGCGUGGACCCGAACGUGGUUGCGACGGAAACCAAGAGGUGCGUCCGAAGACGCGUUGCUCCUCUUCGGUGCUGGUGCGGCAAAAAGCAUGGACGCUCUGUACAAAAAAUGGGGCAGCGAGGAAAAAAUUUACUUCAUGGCGCCUGAAUUCGCCGGCGCCGCGCGAGGCCAAUACAAAAAAGCGUACCUCGCGUUCGCCGACCUCAAAGCCGUCUCGGUCAAAGGCCGCAACUCCCCACCAACUGGCGUGGAAGGUUUAUAUUUUGCCAUGCUCACCUGCGAAUCCGUCGAUUUAUACGGUUUUGGCAUCGAACCCGACCCAUCGACCCCGUACCACUACCACGACAAAGUCAAAGGCGUGGAAGCGGCGCACUCGUUCGGCUUCCAAGCGGUGUUUUUGAGAAUGUUAGAACACGGCGGGCACAUGAGCGUUUGUUUGGGAAAGAAAAGCGCGGAUCCGCCCUCGUGUUCUUUGUCUUUGUCUUCUUCUUAUUCGAGUAGUAGUAGUAGCAGUAGUAGUAGUACUCGUGGCGGCGACGACGAAGAGUAG